CAACUGCAGACGGUGUCGGACGGACGGGCCGACUGUCUCUCUCACUCUCACUCUCUCUCACUCUCGCUCUCUCUCUCUCUCUCUCUCUCGCUCUCUCUCAGGGGAACAAGAGUCUUGGUUCCUUGACGAAAAUGCUCGUUCUCUUCAGUGCCGGUCUGCGACGUCUGGAGGCGUAAGACGCACGCGAUUGCUGUGAGAUGUUAUUCACGGGAGUAAAUAUAUCUAUGCUUUUUCGGUUGACGAACAGAUAUCUUGCAGAUCUUAGGAUGAUGUGCAACAGCAGUGCGUCUCGAAGUGUUUCUUUUUGUUAAAGAAAAAACCUUUAAAAAAAAAAACAGAAAUUAUGAGUGGCGUGAUGCUCGAACGGGCGAUUUACAUUUCUUGAAAAAAAAAAUAACCUCGGGAUCCUUCAAACUUUGGUGAUAUUUUAUUGAAAAAAAUUAAAAUCUUUGACCGAUUCAUUCUAUAACGAUGAAGAAAUUCGCCUAGCGGCUAAAAUGUGGAUUAUUGUUAACGAAGGUGCAAGUUCCUUUACGGCCUGCGGGGUAUUAGAAUUUUCCCUAAAAAUAAGAGUAUCGUUAAUCGAAAACUAAUUUAAUAACUAAAUAUCCUCUCAACAAUGAUUUCCAAGCUGGACUUUUCUCCAAAGUGUAACUUUUAAAAACCAAAAGUUUCUCCUAAAAGGAAACUUUAAUUCAGUGUAACGACUACAUAAAAUAAAUCAUUUACUUCUAAACUUCACAAACGACCGUAAUUAUUUUUUGUACGUGUGGUUUUUGCGCAGAAGAGACAAAUAUACCAAGGUAUAUCUAAUGACAUGGAUACAACAGUGUAGUACAAUGACCAGAUAAGAGAAUAUUUACAAAUUGUCAGGCUGGCCUGAAGAAUCUGUUAAAAUCUGAAAGUUCAUUUUACUUAUAUUUUUGAGAUCGCGAUACGUGAAAAGUGAUACUAAAACUAACUCACAUACUGACAUCUAUUAAAGUUUUGCUGUCGUAUAUCUUACUAGAAGAAGAUUAAGAAGGAAAAGUGAUUAACGAAUACACACAAAAGCUAUUAAAGUUUUGCCGUCGUAUAUCUUACUGGAAGAAGAUUAAGAAGGAAAAGUUAUCUGGAGCGGGGGAAAAGGGUGCCGCUUAGAGGAUUGUAUUUACUGCCAUCAUCGCGUCCGCCUCCCGUCUCGAGGAUGCAUUCGAGGACGAGCCAAAGGGGCAGACGUCACGAGGAGCUCUUCUUGACAGUAGUGAUGUUAGCCAUGGCUCUUCCGCUCCCGGUGCGUGCCCUGGACAUCUUGGGCACGGUCCUGGGCGAGACCGCCGAAGAGCCCACGCCUACAAACCUGGGGAACUUCCUGGAAGUCCAGCAGACGCUCAAUCAGCUGAUGCAGAGGUUCGCCACGCUGGAAGUCAGCAUCGAAUCCAGGCUCACUCGACUAGCUGACGCUUCUGCCAAAGAUGCACUCCUGGAAGUGCUGUCGAAGCGUCUGGGGAAAGUCGAUGCUUUGGUGGAGAAGGUCGAAGCUCUUGACGCCCGUCUUACUGAGGAGACGUCCCUCCUGAAGGCUACUCUCAGGGACACAAACAGAGACCUGCAGAAUGUCGCUGGUCACCUACAAAGACUGGACAGCGAGGUCAAAGAGGAGGAUAUUUCCAGGCACGAAAUCAGGUCAAAUUGGCACGGUCGGGCGCCAACAGAUGCUGAACUUCUGAACACUAUGGUGACGAGACGGUUCGGAGAGCUGGAACGAUCGGUGCCUCGUAUGGUCAGUGAAAUUUUGGCGACUUUUCAAGGGACGCUUUCUAAGCACAUUACGAAGAAUUUGGACGAGAUACGCCACGAGUACCAGUUGGGGAAGGAGGAACUGGAAGUCCUUAAUAACCGCACCUUCAGGAAGGUCUCCGAGGUGGAAGGAGGGAUGCAGGUCGUCUCCAAGAAGGUCUACGACGCUUUCCAAGACAUAAACGGCAGCGUGCAAACGGCUCGCGAUGACAUCGUAUAUGAAAUCAGAAAGUCGACGACGUCGUCCUUGGGCGAACUACGGCCUGUCCUCCAGCAGGUGAACCAAAGCGUGGCCCAGAGCGUAGCCAGAGCAGCUGAAGGUCUCAAUAUCACCUUGAUGGAGGAGGCUGCGAGAAGGAGGGGUACGGAAGACUCAAUGAGGUCAGAUUACAUACCCCUUCAGUGCCCAGAUCCGACAACUGUCGCAGCCCUGCAGGAGGUGAAGCAUCUCCUUCAGUCUAUGCUGAAGAAGAGCGAGGACUUGCGCCGUGGGCUGACUAAGCAAACGAGCGAGGGCGUCGACCUCCUGAAGUUGCUGCACCAGAGAUUCUCCGUUCUCCUGAGGCGUAUGAACACUGAACCUGACCAUGGUCAACAGCUCGUAGCAGAGAUGCAGGACUUGGGGUCUCUGGUGGAAUCCUCUUACACUGCCGUUCUGGUCGCCCAGAACGCCUUCAUCGACUCCUGCAAGAGGAUCCAAGCCGAGGAGCCGACUUUGGAGCACAAGAUCGCCGAAAUUCUGGAUAAGCUCGUCACUGAUAUUAACCUUGGGCACAAAUUCAACCGCAUGCAACUCAACGAACUCAAGAGACUGGUGGAACACCUCGCUGAUACUAACGGAACUGCGAGUGGAACUGAUUCACAGAGUGAAAGCGGCCACGAGGCACAAGAGAUCCUGAAGAACUUGCGAGACAGCCACGAACUGCCGUCGGAGACCUCCGGGAAGCUGGGCGUACGAGACACUAUCCUGAAAAUCAUCGAGGCUGCCAACCUAACGGCGUCCCGCCUGGAGAACGUCGAGGAGCGGAUAGAUGGGGUCUCCAGGAUCCUGCUGGACAUCGACUGGUCGAAUGUUCGGCAAAAGGAACCGGCUGACCAGCUCGUGACGGCCGCGAAGGAUCUCAAAGGCUACGCUAGGGACCAGAUCAUUCAAUCACUCAACUUGUACCAGGCUCUGCUGACGACUCUGGAACAGAUCACGCUUUUGAAUCAAAGCCCCCCCGACCCGCAACAAGGUCCCAGCGAUGGGGUCUACUGGCCCUCUGACAUUGGGUUCAGUUUCCCCAUUUACCUCAGCGACGAAGGGCACGCCCCUCCGACUCGUCAGACCCACCUGACACUCCCGAGCGCUUGCACUUCUCCCCUCGUGGAUCUCGUGAGAACCCUUCCAGAGUUCCAGCGGAGCGUCCCAGCCACGCCCGGGCCACCCACCAGGAGUUCGAGGGCUGGGAAAAGGAAACACGAGGACGAAGACGACGACUACGAUGACGAAGACAUACCCGCUUGGUACACAGACCCAGAUUUCCUCUCGGGAAACUACGGGACCCCGGAUUUAGGGUACCCGGUGUUCCGAGAGGACGAAUGGCGCGACAUGGGCGACUACGCCAGCGACGAUUACCUGUUCAUCGAACGCACUUCUUCGACUGCCGAACCGAGCGUCGUGACGACGAGUACUCCCACGCCAACUGUCGCAGAGAGUACUACAGCUUACCCCCAUCGCAUCUUCCCCGGGGGAGUCGACAGAUUUUUCGGGUUCAAGACGACCCCGUCGAAGUCGACGUCGAAAAGAGAAGUUAAGCGGGGUGAUCAGUUACCUUGAAGACAUUGCUUAAUCGUCUGUUUUUGUGUACAUAAUCAACAGUGUGAAAACAAUCUCCAGGUAAUUUUUUUUAGUAACGUGAUAAGUGUUUUUAUUUUCUGCCUUGUCUUUUUUUUUUUUGCAGGUACACUUUACAAUAACGUAAUUUAUAAUUACUUGGUACUAAACAUGCAAGAUGCUGAUAUACUUCUUUUAGUUUGAAUAGCAAGAAAUAUAUGACAUUAUUAAAUCAGUAAAAUGUGACUUUAGAAUUAAAUGCCAAAAAUUUUAA